AUGGCCAACGUCGAUACGUCGCUUCCGCCGGAGCCGUCGGGCGCAGCCGCCGAGUUGGCAUCCCGCCAUUCCUCCGAGCACGCGCUCAAACUCUACGGCGGAUGGUUCUGCCCCUUCGUCCAGCGGGUCUGGAUCACAUUGUGUGAGAAGCAAAUCCCCCAUCAAUAUGUUGAGAUCAACCCGUACAAGAAGGAGGCCGACUUCCUGGCCCUGAACCCUCGCGGCCUGGUACCAACCCUAGCUGUCCCCGUCGGCGCAGACGGCAAGACCCAGAAACCGCUGUACGAAAGUCUGGUUGUCUGUGAAUUCUUGGAGGAGGCGUAUUCGGACGAGGCCAAGUACGGCCGUCGUUUGCUUCCGUCGGAUCCGUACGAGCGUGCCCGUGCCCGGUUAUGGAUCGACCACGUCAACUCGAGAAUUAUCCCGGCAUUCUACAGGUUUCUGCAGCACACGCCAGAAAAGCCGUUCAGCAUUGAGCAAGCUCGUGCAGAGCUGCACAGCCACAUACGAACACUCGCGGAGCAAAUGGAUCCUGGCGGACCGUGGUUCUUGGGCGAGCACAUAAGUCUAGUAGACAUCAGUCUGGCUCCGUGGGCAAACCGGUUAUGGUUGCUGGAUCACUUCAAGUCAGGCGGACUGGGGAUUCCUCCGCAGACGGAUGGUGAUGCCGUCUGGCGACGCUGGUUCGAGUAG